CAGAGUUUAACUGUGCCAAAUCGCAAUGGAAAAGUGUAUCAAGCACAACCAGCCAUGCGCCGUCCGCACGGGCCUGUCCGAUGGUCCCUCCAAAGGCAAAAGCUUCCUGGUCUGCGGCCAAGAUUCGAUGUGCGACUUUACGCGCGCUCUUCCAGCUGUGGAGGUCGCUGCAUGGCCUUGCCCCGAGCAUCCGACGUCCGUCUGUGGCUACCGGCGAUACGAGAACUCUGCCGAUGGCGUUCUGGUGCGGUUUCGGUGCAACAAGGCGACGUCAGCCAAUGCAUGGUGUGGCGCGAAACGCUGCCGAGACUGGAACAACGCCUUGUCUGAAACGGGAUUGCGUUCCCUCGCCAAGCCAUCCACGUCCGCCCCCGUCGCUGCUGCAAAUUCUUCGGUGAAUGCAGCAGCAGAUGUAGACUCUCUCGGCGAUGCGCUCUCUGGGAUUGCAAUCACAUCACCGUCGUCGAGCAAAGCUCUCCCUAAAGAGGCAACUCUUGGCCCCAAAACCGCGCCGACGGACACGGAUGCUCUUGCGUCUCGCUUGGAAAGCUCUCUUGUUGUUUCCACACCCGAAACGUACAAUGCCUUGAUUUCUGUCGACAUCGACAAGGCUCGUCGCGAGCUCGCCAAGCAGCGCGAGCUGGUCGCGUCUUCCAUGUACAAUACCUUUCCGGCUGACAUCAAGGCAAAAAUCCAGAGCAAAACCCAGUCGGUGGAAGCUGAGCUGGCCGCCCUCGAAAAGCGCGAAGCCGCGCAGGCUCACUUGCGCCAGAACUUUGAGCAAGCUCGCGCAGCGGAACAAGCCGCGCAGAAACGGGAACUAGAAGCAAACCAACAGCGAAACCAAGACUUUCACCACAGCCAAUCUCUCGAAUAUUCCAUCCUAUGUGGAACAUCCAUGGCGGAAAGAGGCCAUAGCAUUCCGGCGCUUGACGCCACAGAGUUGGCGCAUGUGCUCCCGACGGACCUGUUCUUGCUGCGCAAUGAAGCCGCUCUGUCUGCCAGUCUCCCGAGCGCUGGCCAAGAAAUGCAACCCGCCCACAUGCUCACGCGGCUGUUGCCGCAUCAGCUCGACGGUGUGGCAUGGAUGCUUUGGCGUGAGCGGGCCAGCAAGGUCGAGCUGCCCCCACAGCCCGCCCAGCCGCAGUCCACCUCGCAGCAAUCCGCCUCGCAGCAGUCCGCCCCGCAGCAGGCCGCAAAGCCGCCCGCACCCGCGAGACCCACAUUGUGCCGCGGCGGUCUGCUGGCAGAUGACAUGGGCAUGGGCAAGACAAUGACCACCAUUGCGUGUGUGUGUUUGGACAAGGAAGCGUCCACUCGAGGCCCCAGCACCCCUGCCAUGCCUGCGCUGCGCCAAACCCUCAUUGUCUGUCCUCUUUCCGUGCUGCACCAGUGGCGCGAUGAAAUCGAAAAGCAUACAGCUCCGGGCUACCUCCGCAUUUUCACCCACCAUGGCGAUUCCCGCGCCAAGUCCGUUGCCGAUUUGGCAUCGUACGACAUUAUCCUGACAACCUACAAUAUGGUUGAAAUGGAAAGCAGAGAUGCAGUGUCCACCUCUGCAGAGAGUAGCGAUGCCCCCAAGCCUGCUGCAAGCAAGGGGAAAAAGGGUGCUGCAGGCAAAGCUGCUGGUGCCCAUGCCGCUGUCCUGAACGAGGUCUCCUGGCACCGCAUUGUGCUCGACGAAGGACAUACCAUCCGCAAUCCCAUCGCGAACACCAGCAAGGCAGCCUGCAAGCUGCUGGGUGAAUGUCGUUGGUUGCUCUCUGGCACCCCGAUUCACAAUACGACAGACGAUCUGCUGGGAGCAGUGCGCUUUUUGCACGUGCUGCCAUUUGCCAAUCGCCGAGUGUGGACGACCGUUAUGGCAACGACGCGCAACAAGUAUUCAUACAGUAGCAGCUACCAAGGCGAGCCGUUGAUGAAUCAGCUCGUCCGUGCCCUGGUGUUGCGCCGAACCAAGGAGGACAUGCGCCGCGACUCUGCAGCGCUCGCAGUGUCAUCAUCUCAAUCCACUGCCGCUCCAUCUGCAACGGCUUCGACCUCCUCGUCCUCGACGUCCGCUGGAGCCCUGCCAGAAAAAGUCGUGCUCACAACCGAUGUGCAGCUGACAGACUUGGAGCAACUGCUGUAUGACCAGCUGCAUUCGAGCGCAGCGGCGCAAUUGAAAGCACAGCUCGCUGCGCGCGCCGCGGGGACGACAGCCGACGCCACCGACCGGAGACUCAACCUGCUGGAAAAGAUUCUUCGCUUGCGCCAAAUCAGCUGCCAUCCUGCCUUGAUGGGCGGCGUUCCUGACAUGGACAAUCAAGCAGAUGGAGACAGUGACAGCGACAGCGACUCAACCAGCUCGGACGACGAUUCCAGCUCGGACGACGACUCCAGCUCGGACGACUCGGACGACAAGCACUCAACCUCCUACCGCUCCAAGGGCAAGGCCCCGCGGCGCCAGAAGACAAAGACGAGCCGUCAGCCGGCCGUUCCCAAACCUCGGCCCGCCGCAGUGGACACAGCCGACACGUUGGCGGAGCAGCUAGCUGCGCUUGCUGUCGGCACCUCGAGAACGAGGAAACAGUCGCGUCCGGAUGGUCCAUUGGAAGAUGUGGAACGGUUCCUACCCAUGAUGGACCCAAGCUUUCGAUCUGCAAAGCUCACAGCCUUGCUGCAACUGCUGCAAACAGUCACUGCGGCUGGUGAGAAGGCAAUUGUCGUUUCACAAUGGACGUCCAUGCUCAACAUUGUAGCGCAGCAUUUGCGGUCGAGUGGCAUCACCUUCUCCCAGAUUGACGGCUCAAUGAACUCAAAGCAGCGCGAAAAGUCCAUCAAGGCGUUUUACGGGAACUGGACUGCUGACUUGGCUCGGCAGCAGCAAGCGAACGCGAACAGCACAGACAAGAAGAGCAAGCAUCCUCUCAUCACGGGAUCACGGGUGAUGCUACUGUCACUGCUUGCCGGAGGCGUUGGACUGAAUUUGGUUGCUGCUAACCAUGUUGUCAUCGCAGACGGCCAUUGGAAUCCUGCGUUGGAAGACCAAGCCUGCGAUCGGGCGUACCGCGUCGGACAACCGCUGAAGGUGACAGUGCAUCGGCUCAUCUGCAAGGGAACGGUCGAAGAACGCGUGGCAGCGCUGCAGGCAAAGAAGCGUGCGCUAAGCAAGGACAUUAUUCAGAGCGCUCGCGCCGGAGCUGUCGCGAAACCUACCACGCUCAAGCAGGAGGAUGCUCAGCUGCAGGCCGCCGAGAUGCAAGCACUUUUGCUCUAGUCUUCAAAAGCAGCGUAUGUGUCUGUUACACAUGUGGCUUUCUUUUUUUUCGGAAAUCAAUGCACGACGC